AUGACUGUGUUUUGUAUUCUUUUGAACCUCCUCCAACAACAGCGUCAGAAGCAAUCAGAUGUUUCUAGAGAAGACAAGCUUGCUAUGUUCCUUAUGAAGUUGAAGCUAGGAGUGAGCCUAACGGCUGUCGUCACACUUUUUGGAGUAACAAAAUCAAGAGCAUCACGCGUGUUCCACAUUACUUUAGAUCAACUGAGUGCCCGGAUGAAAGAAUGGAUUUUUGUGCCACCCCGAAAGUGCAUCAAAGAGAACUUCCCAGCCUGCUUCAAAGAAAAUUAUCCCGGCUGUGCAUUUAUAAUUGACUGUACCGAGGUAAAAACAAAGACCCCUUCGGACCCAGAGCAGCAGCACUACCUGUACUCCCACUAUAAAGGAGGGUACACGUUGAAGUGGCUUAUAGGGAUCAUACCGAACGGCAUGAUUUCAUUCCUGUCAAAGCCUUACGGAGGAAGGUACUCUGACUCCUUCAUUACACGUGAUUCAGGAUUCCUCGAACAUGUCUCGCCAGAUCUUGCGCUUAGUGACAAGAGGUUCCCCCAAAUCACAACAACAAUUGCAGAGAAACGAGCUGGGCUUUUCAUGUCACUAUUCAACACAGGAGGGGUCAGCUUUCUGUGA